CUGUUUCGAAUCUAUUAAAUAGUCCCACUCAAAACGCCACAAGUUCAAAAUUACAGCUGGAGCCUAUUUCUGUCUCAGAGUCUCUUUGCUGAUGCAGCCCAACAAAAUAAAAGUCCCGCUUAAAUAAAAGUCAUCUUUGUAAUUAAUAACCAUUGUUCAGUUGUUGUCACCCGUGACAUAAACAAACCUACUGUGUCUUUUAAAGGUGCAUCAUUAAAAAAAAAACUGUAUUUUCAUAUUUGUUAAAUCAGUUAACUAAUGUAAAUUCAACCCUAAUGACUGAGUCACAUGAUCUAUAUUAACUAUAAUAACAGGAAAGAGGUAGGGGUUCACUGUGUAACUUGUGAAACUUGUGAACAAUCAUCAGUUGGUUUUGUUUUACAGGGGAGAAGAUGGCACUCUUCCAAAUGAUAGUCUUCUUUUCAUUCUUCUCUUCAGGUCUUAUAUCUGCUGAUGAGUGGUCGAUGACCGUACCUCAAGCUGUGAAGCAAAACGUUGGUGAAGAUGCCGUCCUGCCUUGCAGUUUCACAACUCCGUAUACAAGCUACCAGAAUAUAACCGUAGUUUGGCGCAUCAAAUACCCUUUUGAAGGGCCGAUUAUUUUCAAUUGUUUAAGCACUGAAAACCCGUCAGAUAAUGGACAGAACUGCACAGAAUCUAUUGGACAUUACUCUUUAGCUGGCAACCCGAGAAGCAAGAACAUCAGUCUGAGGAUAAAGAAUGUCUCCUUUUCAGAUAACACACAAUAUUUCUGUCGUUUUGAGUUGAGCAAGAAAGGAGACACCUACGAAACUGGUACUGGAACAAGCUUAAACAUCCAAAUACCACAAACUCUGGAGAGCAUCUACAUACGGACCCUUCCAUCAGGGGAGCAGUUCAUUACAUGUGACGUUAAAGGAAGACCCCCUCCAACUGUAACAUGGAUCGUUCCAGAGAUAACAAGCUCAUCCCUGGUGUCUGUUCAGAGUGACUGGGACCGAGCAUCAUCUUCUAUUCCUGCUAAUCAGUCCAACAUCAACUACACCUGCCAGAUACACGGAGAGACUGGACUGCAGGAUCUGUCUAUUUACUACCAGAAACGUUCCGAGCAAGAGCAGCAAAUCCCUUUUACACUGUUUAUCGUCUUUGUCGUCCUUUCUGGAGCUUUCUUCAUCAGUUCGAUUAUUUUGGCAGUAAUUUACAAAAUAGGUAAGAAACAGGCUUGUGAUUUUUUUAUUUUCCUCUUGGUAACUUGUGUGUGUAUUGUUGCUGCUUGCUGACCGUGAGUCUUAAAAUGUAUACCC